AUGUUGGUUGUUAUCAUGGCGCUAAUUCGUUCUCCUUUUGUUUUAGAGGUUUAUCUCCCGUCGCUAUGUCCUAUCAGCAGCAGCCUCCUCCGCAAGGAUAUCCCCAGCCGGCCCGGCGUAUUGGGGCCGAAUCAUUCAAGAUGCCAAAUCUGUGACUGGUCGGCUUCUGUGCGCUUUGCGACCGCAGAAGUUGUAGCCUGGUCUACAGCGAGCUUGCAUCUUGAUCGAGAUGCUGAACAUGGUUCUGAUCCGUUUAUAAAUACAGAUACGGCUACCCCCAAGGGGACGGCUACCAACAGGGCUACCCGCCGCAGUACCCCCCAGGCCAGUACGGCCCACCCCCGGGACAGGGGGCUUACUACCCUCCGCAACCACCCAUGCAACCUCAACAACAGCCAGCACAGCCAGAGCAGAAGGAUAGGGGAUGCCUCAUGGGCUGGUAAGUAUCAAUAA